AGAAUUUUUCCGAGAGCUUCUAGAGAAUGCAGAAAAGUCACUCAAUGACAUGUUUGUACGGACCUAUGGAAUGCUGUACAUGCAGAAUUCAGAAGUUUUCCAGGACCUCUUCACGGAGUUGAAAAGGUACUAUACAGGAGGCAAUGUGAACUUAGAGGAAAUGCUCAAUGACUUUUGGGCUCGGCUCCUGGAACGAAUGUUUCAGCUGAUAAAUCCUCAGUACCACUUCAGCGAGGACUACCUGGAAUGUGUGAGCAAAUACACAGAUCAGCUGAAGCCAUUUGGAGAUGUACCCCGCAAACUGAAGAUCCAGGUGACCCGCGCCUUCAUUGCUGCCCGGACCUUUGUCCAGGGGCUGACGGUGGGCAGAGAAGUUGCAAACCGAGUUUCCAAGGUGAGCCCAACCCCAGGGUGCAUCCGGGCUCUCAUGAAGAUGCUGUACUGCCCAUACUGUCGAGGCCUUCCCACGGUGAGACCCUGCAACAACUACUGCCUUAAUGUCAUGAAGGGCUGCUUGGCAAAUCAGGCUGAUCUCGACACGGAGUGGAAUCUAUUUAUAGAUGCGAUGCUCUUGGUGGCAGAGCGACUGGAGGGGCCCUUCAACAUUGAGUCGGUCAUGGACCCCAUAGAUGUCAAGAUUUCUGAAGCCAUUAUGAACAUGCAAGAAAACAGCAUGCAGGUGUCUGCAAAGGUCUUUCAGGGAUGUGGCCAGCCCAAACCAGCUCCAGCUCUCAGAUCUGCCCGCUCAGCUCCUGAAAAUUUUAAUACACGUUUCAGGCCCUAUAAUCCUGAGGAAAGACCAACUACUGCUGCAGGCACAAGCUUGGACCGGCUGGUCACAGACAUAAAAGAGAAAUUGAAGCUGUCUAAAAAGGUCUGGUCGGCGCUACCUUACACCAUCUGCAAGGACGAACGCGUGACGGCAGGCACGUCCAACGAGGAAGAAUGCUGGAACGGGCACAGCAAAGCCAGAUACUUGCCUGAGAUCAUGAAUGAUGGGCUGACCAACCAGAUCAACAAUCCCGAGGUAGACGUGGACAUCACACGGCCUGACACUUUCAUCAGACAGCAGAUCAUGGCCCUCCGGGUGAUGACCAACAAACUGAAAAAUGCCUACAAUGGCAAUGAUGUCAAUUUCCAGGACACAAGUGAUGAAUCCAGCGGCUCAGGGAGUGGCAGUGGGUGCAUGGACGACGUGUGUCCCACGGAGUUUGAGUUUGUCACCACAGAGGCCCCCGCAGUGGAUUCCGACCGGAGAGAAGUGGACUCUUCUGCAGCCCAGCGUGGCCACUCCCUGCUCUCAUGGUCUCUCGUCUGCAUUGUCCUGGCACUGCAGAGACUGCGCAGAUAAUCCUGGGUUUUUGGUCAGAUGAAACUGCAUUUUAGCUAUCCGAAUGGCCAACUCACUUCUUUUUCUUACACUCUUGGACAAUGGACCAUGCCACAAAAACUUACCGUUUUCUAUGGGAAGAGAGCAGUACUGCAAUCUGCCUCCCUUUUUGUUUUCCCAAAGAGUACCGGGUGCCAGACUGAACUGCUUCCUCUUUCCUUCAGCUCUCUGUGGGGACCUUGUUUAUUCUAGAGAGAAUUCUUACUCAAACCUUUCGUACCAGGAGAGUUUCUUACCUUCAUUUGCUUUUAUGCUGCAGAAGUAAAGGAAUCUCACGUUGUGAGUUUUUCCCCCCCGUAAAAAAAAAAAAAAAAAAAAAAAAAAAGGUAGAAAGAAACCAAUUUUUCUUGUAAAAUCAGGCCAAACCCCAAGACAACUGCAUUUUCAACAAAGAAACAAGCAGGAGAGAAAAAUAAAGAAACUUGAACUCUGUAAGUUUGGCAUUGACAGCCAACUCCCAGGGUAAGCUUUUCUGGGACAAAUCAGGUUUACAAAAUGCUUAUUGGGAGAAAACUUGAAAUUUGUUUUAAAUGUACUAAAAAUAUGCUGUUGUCUUGGAGGUAUCAUCUUACACUCUAACCACACAAUAUGACAUUGAUGAGGUACUGAUACUAAAUUUAGAAUCCCAUCUUUAAUAUGAGAACAAAAAUAACUACAGCACCUCUCUCUCGCCCUGCCCAAUUUCAGUUUCAGUAAUGGCAUCAUUUUUCUUUCUUCCCUUAAUGUCUGCCCAUUGUCUCCAAUUGGCACAGAUUUUCCUCUUCAUCUUCAAUUUCUAGUGGAUACCCCCAUCAAUUCAUCCUCCCCCAGGGUCUCAAUGGAAAAUAAUCUUCGAUGAUACAAUCUCUCCUUCUGCCACAGGUUUGACAUUAAUGAGAUGUUUCUGCCCCUGUGCUCAUGACCCUCCCAAAGCAAGAGUUCUUUUUUUACUGAAUUGAUAAACAAUUAGAUUCAUUUGUGAGUUGUCAUGUUUCACGAUUUACUUUGUAUCCGUUGGUUUCUGCAUCCCAAGGGCAUUCCUUUACAAAAUAACUCACAACAACACCAACAACAAAAAAGUCAAGACAAAAAAAUAUAUAUAUAUAGUAUUGACAUGGAGAUUUCUUUCACUUUUUUAGUCUUAGUAUGAUCAUCUAUUUUUAUAUCUAUAUAUAUAUAAAUCACAGAUUUUAACCUCUUAAUUCCAAGCUCAGGGUUGACACACCUUUGUAACAAAAAUGUUUUGUCAACCAGCUCUUCUUGUUUUGUGCCACUCAGAGAAGGGAUUCCUCAGUGAUCUGUGAGCACCAAGAAUCAAGAAAGAGAACUUUUUACGUAUCUAACUGUCCAUUUUACUAAAAGUUUGCCAGGGCACACCCUUUCCGCACGCGUGUGCAUCAUCCUGGGUGCUCUAGACGGUAUCGAGCUCGUGGGACCAGCCACCGGUGUGCAGGACUUUACUGGUGAUGGAAACUGUCUGUGUAAAGAAUGUUAUCAAAAAAAAUCAUUGCUUUCAUACACAACAUCUUUGGCCUAGGAUUCUGACUUGGCAUGUGGAUAAAUGACCUAACUCAAUAGGCCAAUUUAAGGUCACAGCCUAAGCUGCCCUUCAAAUGUGCCAAGGCCAGGUCCGGGGAUCCCCCUGACAGAGAGAAGCAAAAUAAAUCAAACUGGGGCUUUAUGAAUACAGUUGGCUAUUCAUGCGUUUCUUGGUUUUUUUGAUGCAUCUAGAGAAGGGACAAGUGAUGUGUCAAGCCACCAUAGUAUGCCAGUCACAUUUUAAUUAGCUCAUUGACAGUAUUGACACGUAAAGGGUAUUUUUUGAUCUCUGUUCUCAUCAAAAUUAAAAUUAGUUACUGAUUUAGUCAUCACAUUUAAGUAGAACACGUGCAGCACAAUAGUAUUAAGUAUAUUUGAGCACUUUUGCAAAACAGAAAGUAUUUACAAGCAUCUAUUGCUACUUUAUGCCUAAUGAAAUAUAAAAUGUAGGAUUCUGAGAGACUUCGUGGCAUCCUUUCUUUUAAACCUUUACGAAAUUAACAAUCUAAUUCAGUGUGACAUACAUCUAGAAAACCAUCCAUUUCACUGCCAAGCCUCGGCUUCCUGUCACUGAUGAUACAUAAGACAUCUCUAUGAAGGACCAAUCGUUUCCAUUGUUCAUUUCAUUGUACGUUCAGAAAUCGGUAUUGUCUUUCUCCGAUAACUAAGGUGCAAUACAAAUUAAAUCAACCUUGAUUUUCCAGAAUAUUUGAGUAAUAACUUGUUUUUAUGGCUUUAAACUCCAAGUCUUUCCUUUUUAAAAAUAUUUCUGCAUUCUCUUUUAUGAAAUAGGUCAGGAUGCCUUGUUUUUCCUGCCCCCCCAAAAGGUUUUGUGCAUGUGUAUGAGUACACCUUAUAUUGAUGAAUGUGAACCCAUGUUCUAAAUGCACUAAACACACAGAUGAUAUAUAAACGCCUGCUUUCUUUGUUUCAACACCUUCAUUAUUAAUAUUAUUCAUAAUGAUGACAUAUAGUGAUGCAGAUGAGCCGAGCAGAGAGCUGAAAUGACUCUCAGUUCAUGAUGCCACAGUACUAGCACCCUGCAUGGAUGUGAUCAAAAUACUAUUCAAGUUGUACUUCCUGGUUUUUAUCAUCAUCCUAUUAUGAUUUUCAGACUAAUGUAAGUUGGUGAUUUUUUUGUCCCUAAAAAAACUCAUUUACUUGAUUUACCCAUUUCAGCAAGUAUUUCAGAAUCGACCCCCAAAAUUAAUUUUUCUCAUCUCAGCAUAGUAAUAGGGGGUGAAAUGACGCCCCAUUAUUUUUUAUGACAUGCCCUCCUUUGCUCUGAGGUCCCUUAAAUUCCAUAAUCAUAUCAUAACUUUUGUUAUGAAUAGAGAGGAAUGGCCUCACUGAAAUCAGACACUAGGAAUUGGUGGGUGAUGCUCAUAACUGCAAACACUUAGCUUAUUGAAGUGCCUCUAUUUACAUGUUCUUUAGUUAUAAUAUGUAUUUUUCUAACAGAAAUACACGUCUGUAACUGGUAUAUAUUAUACUUUGUAUAUGUUAUAACAAAAGCUAAACAGAGGCUAAAGUCUUUAGCAGAGAAGAAUGAAUUGCAAAUUGAUGAACAAGAGCUCUGUUUUAUGGUUCUGUAUUAAAGGACAACCAUGACAACCUGUCAUUUUAACGAAGGCCAAGUUGGUUCUUUGAUUAUAGGCAUCCGAGGAACGUUAGCACCAGAGAUCUGACUCCCUUACAGUGAUUUACCCAAAUAGCAUUAAGGAAUUUGUAUCGCCUGCUUGAAAUGUAAGGGAUAGAAAAUACUAUUUUGUCGACCCUGAAAAACACAAUUAUUCAUCACCAAGGAGUAGAAAUGACAAAAGUAACAAUCUUUAAAUCAAACGCAUUGAAAAUAUUAUUGGAGGCAGAACCCUGAUAUUUAAUUUAGAUUCCCUGCUGCAGACAUUAGCCUACUUUAAGUCCUUUGACAUCCCAUACAGGCUUGGGCUACAGACAGAAUACCAACUAAAGUCCCCAAGGAGGAAUAAAACUCAGCAAAUUUUCGAGUUGUGAUUCUUUUAUUACCUCUCUUUGCAAAGCUAAUUAUCAGGCGGUUUGAUCAAGGGUAGAAGCGUUAGCAAAUGCAAGUUUUGACUUAUCCAACACUUGCGGAAAUCUCAACUUGUUUUUAGUCACUCACAGUCACUAGCAGGCCUGACUUUUUAUUUAAAAAACAAACAAGCUAGCUUUGCCAACAGAAGAGUAAAGGAAGUCAUAACUUAUCAAUUUGCAAUGUGUUCCUCCUUGCUGGAGACAUUAGCCAGUGUUUCGUUUUAGGCCAACUCAUACAAAUAGAGUAUUGAUUUGUACGCAUUCUGGAGACUUGCUAUGUCAUAGUUUGCUACAGCACGGACUCAGCUUAGCAUGGGAACAUUUUGAACGUCAUUCAAAGUUGAGUAGUUUACUGAACUCUUUGACAUUGCCUUGUAAUGAGGGACUUCUAUGAAAAGACACCUGAGGAUGGCAUACUAGUGAGGUCUCUGUGUGCAUAUACGUAAUAUAUAUGCAGGAUAAAUGUGUGCACCAAUCAAACCUAAAAGUUUAUGUGACUGUCAAAUGAAUAUGAUUUGAGUUAAGAUUUUUUUCAUUUCUGAUUUGGAUAGAAAAUUGCUAUUAAUCUUGUAUUAAAAUAGUUUUUAAAAAUC